AUGGGGGACAAUGUCCACGACACAUCUUUAGUCCUUAUUGCAAAGGUAUUGCUUGCUUAUUACCAUCACUCAUCGACCGAUCAUCUCCAAUUCCGACUGGCGGUGUGGGAGACCGUCCGUUUUGUUCGGAGGCACCGGAGUGACAUUAUGGCGUCGUCCACCGGUUAUCUAGCUCUGCAGCUCUGGUACCGCCUGUGCACAUCACAUCGGCCUUCGAAACCGCCAGCCCUUCUAAUCGAGGGCGAAGGACCGAGCUCAUUUGGUCCGAAUCUUGCUUCGCCGGGUGCCGACGAGGACCUGCAUUUGAAAUGCAUCCUGGGAAUGUCCUCCGAUGAUCUAAUAUACGAUAUCCUGAUCAAGACCUUGGAAUUGAGAGCAAGGAUGGUGGUUUUCCAUUGUACUUCUUCAGUUCUCAGUGUUCCUGAGCGCUCGCCAGAAUUGGGCCGUCUUGCCCACAGACUGUUGAACACAAUGAUGAACAGACCGUGUUCAUUGCACGAAGAAAACGAGGCUGCCUCCAGCUUUGCUCGUGGUGAUCACCUACACGAACUGUUGCAAAUUCAAAAACGACGACUGGAAGUCUGGCGAUCGAGGGUCACGCCAAGGCAAUUACCCUCGGAAGGCCCUGCUGCUGUGGUAGAGGGAGAAUCACCAAGCUUGGUCCCACACAAACUCGGCAAGCAUCGAGAUAGGAUGAAUUAUUUGUACUACCUUCUCUGCAGGCUAAUUUUUGAAGACACCACCGCCAUUCCACGCUCACCUUUUGAUGGGUCAUCUUUUCAAGAACCCAGUGAAACAUCCACUCCCGCCUUGAUCUACGAGGCUCUCGGCGUAAUCGAUGCCAUUGAUCUGCAACUCUCGAACUUGGUCGAUAUAUACACCUUUAGCCUCUCAGAGGUCCUGCUUCAGCUUUUAUACUCUUUCUCAUCAGAAAUGGUCUUCAAUCGCAUCUUGGAUAGCAUCUGGCCUCAAAUAGAAGCAUCGGGGCGUGGUUUUGAAAACUCUCACAUGCCCACUCAUCUUGCCAAAAGAAUCAUUGCACUCAUGGCCGAAGAAUGGCAAGAUGGUCGAAGAAUCCUGUUGGCGAUACCAGCCAUACCAGAGGACACCCCCAAAGCAGUUCUCUUCGACGUUUCCUCACGUCUAGAUAUGAUAAUCCUCUACGACUCCUCAGCAAGUCUCGCCAUGCCGCAGUUGAGAUGGUCGAAGCUGUUCGACAUUGCGACCAUUCAAAGAUCGUCGCACAAUCUGGCAGUUGUUGCCGGUACUGCCUACAUUUUCGGAGGAGAGCUACGGCCUCGUGAGCCCGUAGACUCAUCCGUGUAUCAAAUAUCCACAAGGCUGAAUCAGUCUGACCGAAAUGUCGCAUCCACGACCGGGAGCAUCGCUCCCCCGCCAAGACUAGGAGCCGCAUCGACAACACUAGACGGAAAGAUCUACAUUUUCUCCGGCCGCGGAGGUGCUGCGAUGCUUCCGAUCGAAGAGAAUGGAUCGUUCUGGGUGUUCGACACCGCCAUCAAGGCCUGGUCUCAAGUGCCGCCGGACAACCCUCAACUUUCGUACCCGGCAGGCCGCAGCUAUCAUGCUCUUACGAAUGACGGCAAAGACACGAUAUUUCUCCACGCGGGCUGCCCUGAGAAAGGAAGGCUGUCCGAUCUGUGGGCUUUCAACGUCUCGAGCCGCCACUGGCAAGAAUUGCCUUCCGCUCCAGAGCCAAGAAGAGGAGGCCCUUCAAUCGCAUAUGCCAAUGGGAAGCUCUACCGCAUGAACGGCUUCGAUGGCAAGACGGAGCAAGGCGGUGCACUGGAUGUGUUUGACUGCACCCACCAUGUGUGGCAUACCAUCAAAUUUGAGCCAGACGGAGUGACCGGCCCCGGCCCCCGAAGUGUGAGCUGCCUUCUGUCGGUAUAUGUUGACGACAAGUCGAGUCUCGUCACCAUGUUUGGAGAGCGCGAUCCGAGUAGCCUGGGGCAUCAAGGGGCAGGCAAGAUGCUCGGAGACGUGUGGGUGUUUGAUAUUGGAUCGCAGACGUGGAGCAGGGUCUAUCCAGAAGGCGAGCAACCUCUUCCGCGCGGAUGGUUUGAUGCAGAUGUGGUGGAGAAUACCGGCAUCAUUAUCCACGGCGGGCUGGCGGAGUCGAAUGAGCGGCUCAGCGAUGCGUGGUUACUAGAACUCUAG